AUGGCUGACGCAGCCCCUUCACAAUCCCAGGGCACCGACCCCGCCGCCCAGCUCCAUCCCGUCUCCUCCUCCUCCUCUGCUCUUCCAACUCCUGCAUCAACUCCGAUGUCUGUACCGAUCAUGAACUCUCCCGCACCUCUUCUCCGUCCUGCCAUUCCCGGCAACCGAGGCCGUGCUGCUCCUAGAUUGGGUCUGGCCAUCCCUCCAUCACCAAAUGCCAAGCCGGUGGGCAACCUGACGAUCCAGCCGCCCGCUAGGCCACCCCUACCGACUCUACACCUGGCCACUCCUAUGGGGAGCCAGGUCACACCAUAUGAACAACCUGCGAGGCAGCAGGGAAUACAGCCCGGACAGUCUGCUGGCGGUGGCAGCGAGAGCAGUGCGGCGCAUUCAAGGUCUGGCAGCUUCGGCCCUCUUGAUGGCCGGGCAAGCAACCCCACGUCUGCGGGCUCUCAGUUUUCGGCCCUUUCAUUUGCCUCCCAGUUUGGCAUCCCUGUAACGCGACCCCAAGGUACCCCGGAUCCUGUAUCUGCCGUCGGCUCAAUGAGAAGCGAAGGCGGUGUUUCCAUGGAGCGAGAUGGGAGCCUGCAGGGCCUGGAAGGAUUUGACCGACUCAGCAUUGAGAAAGCAAGGAAUGCGGAUGUCGAGGAUUUGGACGAUGAAGGAUGGAGAAUUGCUAGUUUGGAAAAGCGAAUCGUUGAGUUGGGCAACCUCGGUGAAGGUGCAGGAGGAGCGGUCACCAAGGCUAUGCUUAAAGGCGGCAAGACUAUCUUUGCCCUCAAGGUCAUCACUACCAACCCUGAUCCUGAUGUUAAGAAGCAAAUCGUGCGAGAACUGGGUUUCAACAAGGAAUGUGCUUCCGAUCACAUUUGUCGUUACUACGGAGCAUUCGUUGAUCCCUCCACGGCUACCAUUUCCAUCGCCAUGGAGUUUUGCGAAGGAGGCUCAUUAGACAGCAUUUACAAAGAGGUGAAGAGGCUAGGAGGCCGUACUGGUGAAAAAGUACUGGGAAAGAUUGCCGAAGGUGUUUUGGGCGGCCUGACCUAUCUCCACACACGAAGGAUCAUUCACCGAGACAUCAAGCCCUCCAACAUCUUGCUUUGCCGUGACGGCUCAGUUAAGCUGUGCGAUUUUGGUGUGUCUGGAGAUUUCGGAACGAAAGGCGAAGCCAACACCUUUAUCGGAACAAGCUACUACAUGGCCCCAGAGCGAAUUACUGGCCAGUCAUACACCAUCACUUCAGACGUGUGGUCCACGGGAGUCACAUUGCUCGAAGUCGCCCAGCACAGGUUUCCUUUCCCUGCAGACGGGACGGAGAUGCAGCCUCGUGCGGGUCUGAUCGAUCUUCUCACGUACAUUGUUAGGCAACCUGUACCGAAACUCAAGGACGAGCCCGACAACGACGUGUACUGGAGCGACAACUUUAAAUACUUUAUUGAGUGCUGUUUGGAGAAGCAGCCUAACCGCAGAGCCAGCCCCUGGAAAAUGCUAGAACACCCGUGGAUGGUCGAGAUGCGAUCCAAGAGGGUCAACAUGGUGAAAUACCUCUCCUUUGUGUGGGGUUGGGACGAGAAACAGGUCGGCGGUCGAUGA